AUGCCAAAGUAAGUGCUUCAUACAAGCAGCGCUCGUCUGCAUGAAUUCCUUCAUAAUUUAAACUCUUUCUUAGAUACUACUGCGAUUACUGUGACAAGUUUUUGACGCAUGACUCUCCGUCUGUGCGCAAGACACACUGCACCGGCAGAACCCACAAAAAUAGCGUGAGUGAUUACUACCGAAAGUGGUUGGAGGAUCAGGUGCAGAAGCUGGUUGAUCAUGCCUGUGAGUUUCAAAAUUUUACUAAUUCCACCUUGCUAGCUGAGGCAUACAAACAGGGUAAAGUUCCGCCGCCUAUGUUUGGAGCCGCGAUGGGAAUACCUCCACCGGGAAUACAAAAUCCAGCAGGGAUGCCUGCCUACCCACCCGGCUUUCCGCCGCUGAUGAGCGUCCCUCCACUAGGCAUGGGACCACCACAGGGUAUGGUUCCGGGGAUGAGGAUUCCCCUGGGUGCCCCAAUGCCACAUGCUUGGACACCCGGACCUGGAAGCAUGCCGCCUAUGCCUGUUGGUGCUGGUGGUGUGCCACUUCCCUCAGCGACUCUGCCAACGCCUGGGAUACGCCCUCUGAUGCCUGCCCCCGGGGUACCGCAUAUGGGUCCCCCACAGUAA